AUGGCCACCAACAUUUUUCCAUUUCAGAAACUCCCACUACAACAGAAAGAUUACAUUUUGAAAGCUAUUGGUUUAAAUGAUAUUCUUGUAGCUAGCCAAAUCAACAAAGAACUCAGAAAUGGAAUCUUCACUAAUGGACCUUUUCCGAGAAAGGUUGAGACUAUCAAAAUUGAGCUGUUGAAAUAUCGAAUCGAAAACGAUACGCUUUUAGAAAUCGGAUGCGAAAUAACAAUACAAUCCGGAAAUGAUUCCAAGAAAUUCUCACUGCAUGCUCAAAAUGAACGCCUUGAUGUACAUUUGAAUGAACAAAUCCCAAUCCUCGCAAAACCUUUCUUAAAUUUGUUCAACAAACUGACAACAUUGAAAGAUUUGCAGCUACAAUUCGGCAACUUUUCCCAUGAAUCAUUCGAGUACUUUGAUUUGGAUGGUCUAAUAUUUUAUCUGUUAGAAUUCGGAUUCUUCAAUCAACUCCGUUUAUUAUCGACUCUCCGAAUCAUGGGCUCUCUCGAUUUGGCAAAGAUUUUCUUCUCAAAUUUCCAAGCUGAAAUCCUCGAUGAGUUAAAUCUCAAUUUUUAUUGGGAUACAGAGAGAAAUCUCGAAGCAAAGCAAGCUUUUGAAGAGAUAUUUCAAAGGUCAUCUGUGCGAAAAUGCCAAAAUUUCAACUGGAUUGGCUCUCCAAUUGCUGGAGUGAAUUUUCUGUUCUUGAAUUCGAAAAACGUUUCAAUUGAAUAUGGAGAUGAUUCUGUUGGAUUUAAGUGCGUAAUUGAUUCACUCUUAAAAUCAAAAGUUUCAAAUUUGCUCAACGAAAACUCUUUGAUCAAGUUACAAUAUUGGAAUUGCAAUGGCUGUGACGCGGUUCAGGAAUACCAUGAUCUUCUCACGUCCCACGGAGCAAUUGAACUUCAAGAUGAUGAAGAAAUGCUUUCGAAUCAGAGUUUUCCAAUUUUCGAUCCUGAUUCAGUGACGAAGCUUUUCAAAAAGAAAAUAAAUGAGCAAAAAGAAGCAAUGAUUUUCUCGAGAUCUUUCGAAGAAAAGAAACCGAGACAUCGAGGAUCCGAUCAGGCGAUUCAAAUCUUUAUCAAAUACCGGCCUAUU